AUGCCCACCCUUCUUCCUGGGGAGCAUUUACUCACUUUCGGGAAACUGCUCUUGGCGGAGUACCGGAAGAAGGGCCGAGUGGAGUUUAGGAAGAUGUUUCAGCUUCAGGAUGGGCAUCGUCUCCAGAGCAGCUGGGGCACCAUCGGGCACAGUGAUAUCGCCGGGCUCCCUGCGGGAGACUUCAUCCGGACCAUCCACGGCACUCUCAUCCUCAUACACCGGCCCAACCUGGAGGAAUACCUGCUGUAUAUGAAGAGGGGGCUGGCCAUCACCUAUCCAAUGGUACUGUAUGUAGCUUAUGCUACUCUCUGGCACUGGAAGAGACAGAACUUUGUUUUCCAUGAGUGCAUCAUGCUACGGAGCAGUAGUAUUGUUGCUAAUGGAGGGGGCCUGCAGUGCUAUUACCAGCCCAAUGGUAUAGUCUUGACUGUAUAGCUUGUGGAAUUAGAUGAUUUGAUAUCAGAGCUUUGAUUUUGGGAAUCGCAUAAUUGCACACAUGUUCAGUGACAAUAGUAUGCUACAACAGCUCAUACAAUAGCAGGAAACACUCACACUUCACAUACUUGAGAUUAUAUGGUGAUCUGAUUUCUCUCUUGUCCUCUCUCUGUCUUUCCAGGAUGCCAGUACUAUGCUGAUGAUGAUGGACGUCACAAACUAA